AUGAUGUCCAUAUCUCAAAAUCUCAAUAGAAGUUUUCUGCAAGAGAACUCUUCCAAACUUGAUGAUUGUUGUAGCAUUUCAUAUCUACUAGCAUGCGCCGGAUCAAACCCCUCAUCAAAGAAAACCUUUCUCCUUUUUCUUCUCCUCCCGAGACAACUACAACAGCUCUUCCAUUUACAUUCUGGUUUAGAUCAAGCUUUCAUUGACGCUCUCCCAUUGUUUCUUUACAAAGAACUAAUGGGGUCAAAAGAGCCCAUCGAUUGUGUGGUUUGUCUUUGUAAAUUCUCAGAACAAGAUAAGCUAAGGUCGCUUCCUUUAUGCAGCCAUGCUUUUCACAUUCAUUGUAUCGACACUUUGUUGCUUUCAAAUUCGACUUGUCCUUUAUGCAGAGUUGAUUAUGUUUGUAACUACUUUGAUUUUCAGAGGUUCAAGAACAAGCAGCAACAAGGCUAUUCUAAGUAUAAAGUUAUAAAUGGAAUUGUUGUUAAUUACUGGGCUUAUAUCAACUUCUCAAGAACUGUUCCAGAUAGUGCUGCUCAAAGUUUUUGUCAUCAGUUGGUCCAAAUGUGCCAAGAAUCUGGCAUGGAAUUUAAAAGUGAGUGUGGUUCCAAUCUACUCUGCAAGACCAGAUCAGGUCAAGAAGGCUUUAAGGCACUUGUAUACAGCCACUGUAAAACAAACUUGGAGGAAAAGAGUUGGAAUUCCUUAUUACCAUUCUCCCUGACAACAAUUGCAACUUGUACGAAAUGUGAAACGGAUAUCGGGUUGAUUUCACAAUGUUGUCCUACAAAAUAUGUUUUAAAGAUCAGCAAACAAUAUCUCUCAAAUGUCUCCCUCAAAAUCAAUGUCAAGGUUCAACGUCUACAAGGCUCAAGCUCACAACUGAAAGGAACAAUGGGAACUCUUGUUAUGAUUGUCCAAAAAGAAGGAUGGAAACAUUUAUUUUCAGUAUUUAGCGUCAACCAUCUGAAGGAGGAAAUUAGCACUUUUCCAGGUUCCUUUGUUACUAGGCAUUGGGGAAGAAGAUACAGUCCUGCUAAGGAAACAGAAAGUGGCGAUGCUGGUCUUGUUUAUCUUGUUCUCUUUCAUAUAUGGCAGAAGAGACCAGCAUUGGAAUUAUUUGGAAUGAUACAAGCUAGACCUAUUGCGCGGGAUCUAUUCAUACGAUACUCAAGGUAUCAUAUUUUGGCAUGGCUAGAAGCUUUGGAGGAAACGAGACUCAAGCAAAAGUAA